AUGAAGGAAGCCGUGAAUGUGUCAGGAGUCAACACAGUGACUGAAUUCAUACUCCUGAGUUUUCCCUGCUCUAGAGAGGUUCAAGUCCUCCUCUUUGUGCUCUUCUCUGUGUCCUACAUCCUGACACUGAUGGGAAAUGGGGCCAUUGUCUUUGCAGUGAAGCUGGAUCACAGACUCCACACUCCCAUGUACAUUCUGUUGGCCAACUUCUCGUUCCUGGAGAUGUGUUACAUCAACACCACUGUUCCCAAUAUGUUAAGGAACUUUCUCUCUGAGACCAAAACCAUCUCUUUCACUGCCUGCUUCCUACAGUUCUACUUCUUCUUCUCCAUGGGCAUUACUGAGACCUUCUUACUGCCCCUCAUGGCUUUUGAUCGAUACUUGGCCAUCUGCCGACCUCUCCACUAUCCUACCAUCAUGAGCAGCCGUCUCUGCAUGAACUUGGUGGGCCUCUGCUGGGUAACAGCCUUCCUCUGCUAUCCAGUCCCUAUCUAUUUCAUCACACAACUCCCCUUUUGUGGCCCCAAUAUCAUUGACCAUUUUGUCUGUGAUCCUGGUCCUUUACUGGCUCUAUCUUGCAUCCCUGCCCCUGGAAUUGAGCUUUCCUGUUCUAUAUUGAGCUCUCUUAUUAUUUUUAUCACCUUCUUCUUUAUCCUUUGGUCCUACACCCUGGUUCUCAGAGCAGUGUUGCGUGUCCCUUCAGCUGCUGGCAGACGUAAGGCUUUCUCCACCUGUGGUUCCCACCUGGCUGUGGUAUCUCUAUUCUAUGGAACCAUCAUGAUGAUGUACAUCAGCCCAACCUCUGGAAAUCCAGCUGGGAUACAGAAGAUUGUAACCUUGCUGUACUCAUCAGUGACUCCACUUGUAAACCCACUGAUCUACAGUCUCCGGAACAAGGACAUGAAGACUGCCUUGAGAAAAAUUCAGAUAUUUACAAAAACUGGCCAAAGCAAACAAAAGCUCAUGAGUGGACCAAGAUCAUAA